AUGGACCACUUCCCUCGCUCUCUUCAGCAGCCAGCGAUGCAGGCAAUCACUUUUGCUCCCCCAAACCAACCCCCUCCAGAUGGCUCCCGUUUCCUCGUCGACAAUUCCCAGGAUUCUGAUAGAAUGGACGCUAAUAUUGCGUUCAUGAAGGGUCCGAAGCGUAAACGCCUAGCAAAAGCAUGCGAUGCUUGCCACAAAAGCAAACGACGCUGUGACGGAACAGCUCCUUGCAGCAACUGUUACUUCGCCUCCAAGAAAUGCACGUACACAGACGCUUCGGGUAGACCUGUACCUGCACCUAGGCCGCGCAAAGGGGAUAACACAGACGCACCAGCCGAUCCGCGUCAGGGCUCGUACGCAACACACCCAGACGGUACUCAGGGUAACCAACCAUCCUUCACCGUCCAUGCACUGCAGAAAGACGAGACACUUGGGACCCAUGUCGACCCUGAUGAAGACAUUCCAUCGCGCAAGCGGUUUAGGCCGGACCUUGGUCAGUCGACGUCUCCUAUUGAGACGUCUUUGAGAGGUUUAGCUCCGCCGCCGUUACCAAACACUGAGCGCUCUUUGGAACGUGACCCGUCACUCACAAGAGAACUCGUGCACCUCUUCUUUGCACACCGGCAACCUCAGCGUAUGAUCAUCCACGAGCCUUCAUUCCAUCAUGCCCUUUCUCAUGGUCUCGUCCCUUCUUACCUUCUCCUUGCAAUAUGUGCUCUUGCCGCACCUCUCUCGCAGCGUCCUUGUUUUAAGGAAGGGGGUUCAAGAUUUGCUGGAGAGGUGUUCUUUCAAGAGGCAGCGUCACUUAUGUUCGAUAAAGACCAAAACUUGAUUUGCGAGAGGAACCUCGCAACUGCGCAGGCUCUAUGUCUCCUGCAGUUGCAUGAUCGAAUGGCUAAGUCAUCUUGGAGAGGGCAAUAUCAUGUAUACGCAUUUGAGAUUAUCGAACAGCUGGGUGUGUAUCGGGCUGAUAAUCCGAUCCUGACACCUACUCCUUCGCUGGAGUUCAUUGAUGCGUCCAUCGAGCGAGAAUGCGCACGUCGUAUUUUCUGGCUCAUACAUAUAACCGAUGUUCUGGGUUCUGUUCUCUACCAACGGCCUAUGUUGGCAGAGGAAUCGCAAUUGAAAUUGCGUCUCCCUGUGGAUGAGACGACCUUCUUGUUCACUGUACAUGACGCUAUCCCAGAAUAUCUGGACAAACCCAGUCCUUUAUCGAGAUCCGAGACCGGGCAGCUAACUCGUGUCCUCUCUAUACACGAGAGGAUAGAAAAGGCCAUGGAAGAAUUCGAGAACCGCGAGUCUGGCAAACAUCCCGUCAACACAUUGUUGGAUCUUGACAAUAAACUCAACGCGUGGGACAGAUCGCUUCCUGAAAGUCUUCGUUUCACCGACGAGAAUUUUGCUACUCAAAUGGCGUUGUUUGCCACGAAUUCCAACAUGGGAGCGUGGUGCUUCUGUGUAAUGCACAUUAUCCACUGCUCGUGUGUUUAUGCACUGAAUCACGCUAGGAAGCGUUGUCGUACGGCUAUACCCGGAGGUCCAACUUGGGCGCGCGAGCGCCUGUACAAGAUUCUCGCUGCUUUGGGUGACAGAGCGAAAAAAAGUAUCCUCCUGGCACUUGCAAUUUGGCCUUUGUUCAAAUAUUGUAAGGAGAGAACUCAAAGACUUCAUGAAUGGUCUAGUCAGGUUGAAGAGAUGUUUGGUGUCCGUAUCCCAGACUUAGCUCCACCGCCACCUGACUACACCAACAACGUACGACCUCCACCGUCCGCGGAAGGUCGCAUGCAUCCAGUGGCGUCCAACUCCGGCGGAUCUCAUGACUCUACACCCGUUCCUAGUCACUCACCGGAGGCCGCGGCACCCCAAAUAGCCACAUCUCCGGUAUACCCACCGCCGGUGCGCCCACCUCCUGAUGCCCGAUUCUUCGGUCAGCCUCCUUUUGGUGAUGUUCGAGCCCAUGCACAUCCGCCUCCUCCACCACAACCUGAUUCCAGAGAGAAGAGAAACAUCGCGCAUGAUGCUAAUAUCGAUCCUGCCUUACAAAUGCCGCCAAAUCCUAGGCAUAUGAAUACGGAGCCAGUUGCUGUCGUAUCCCCGGCACUAUCGUUACCCUCACUAAAGUCGAGCGGUCUUUUAGAUUGGCAACGAGCCAAUGAAGGCAAUCCAUCACCGUCGUCAGCAAGUUGGCAAGCAUCCGGACAACAUCUCCCAGCCGCUAGCCAGGGCUCACGAGACGAAACUGGAUCACCAUUUCCUUCAGCCCCACAAGUAGAUUACUCUACUCGUCCUUCAGUUGCCACGGCUUCAACUAGCAUGCCUGUCGGCUUACCGUGGCUGGCUAGUGAGUCGACAGUCUCCAGGUCAAGCUAA